AUGACUGAUCGAAACGAAGAGAAAGAUAAUGAUCAAGAAGAUGAACUAUUAUCUUCUGCCUUAGAAAACACACCUCGAAAUGUUCAACUUCAAUCAUUUCUGAACCGUUAUGAAACUCGUCAACCGAAAUUAUUAUUCACUGAUCAUUUUCAACAACACGUGAAAAGACGUUGUUCGUCAAUGAGUUUUUUGUAUUGUUUAAAUGCAUUACUGGAUAUGAUACCUAUCGUUCGUUGUUUGAAAGAAUAUAACAUACGAAAAAACUUAUUUGGAGAUCUUAUUGCGGGUUUCACAGUGUCAAUCAUGCAUAUUCCACAAGGUAUGGCGUAUGGUGUUUUAGCAACUUUACCAUCUAUCCAUGGAUUAUAUGUUUCGUUUUUUCCUGUUAUUAUCUAUAUGAUCUUUGGAACAUGUCCACAUUUGUCAAUCGGAUCAUUUGCUGUUGUAUCAUUGAUGACCGCACAAGCGAUUGAAAAUGUAAUACAAUUACCAAUGAAUGGAAUGAGGAAUAAUCAAACAUCGUUUUCAUUUUCAACCGAAUCAGAUUUGUUAAUGACUGACGAACGAAUAAAUUUAGCCACUACAUUGGCACUUCUCGUUGGUGUUGUUCAAUUAUCAUUGUCUUUUCUUCGACUUGGCUUUUUAACAGUUUAUCUAACUGAACCGUUUAUCAGUGGUUUCACAACAGGCGCUGCUAUGCAUGUUUUCACCAGUCAAAUUCCAUUACUAUUUGGAAUCAGAACUCCGCGAGGAAUAGGCAAAAUACUGAAAUUACCACGAUUCUAUGUGAAAAUAUUUCAUUUGCUAUAUCAUGAAAUUAAUUGGAUGUCAACAGCAAUUGGUCUUGUUUCGAUUGUUGUUUUGUACGUCGCUAAAUCUCUCAAUGAUCGUUACAAAUCUACAAUUCGAAUUGUACUUCCAUCAGAAUUAAUUUUAAUGAUUAUGUGGACGAUCGUAUCAUAUUUUACUAAACUUCAUCAAAAAUAUAGUGUACCAGUGGUUGGAGAAAUUAAACGAGGUUUACCAACGCCAACCAUUCCAUCCUUCGAAAGUUUUAAUCAAUUGAUUAUCUCCGCUGUUGUCAUUGCUGCUGUUAGUUUGUCGAUUUCAAUAUCAUUGGCAAAGAUGUUUAGUCGAAAACAUAAUUAUAAAGUUAGUUCGAAUCAGGAGUUGUUCGCAUAUGGAAUGGCGAAUGUGAUUUCAUCGUUCUUUCAAUGUUAUCCAAGUGCGUGUCCAUUGGGUCGUUCCGUUGUUCAAGAAGGUAGUGGAGGCAAAACGAUGCUAACGGGUGGAUUUUCUUCGAUUAUUUUGGGUACCGUUAUUAUCGCAUUGGCUCCUCUUCUUCGAUCAGUACCUAUGACAUGUUUAUCAGCGAUUAUUAUUGUUAAUUUAAAAGGAUUUUUUCUUCAAAGCAGAGAUUUUCUCUUUUACUUUCGUAUCAAUUCAUUCGAAUGUAUUUUAUGGACAAUGACAUUCAUGACUGUUCUUCUAUUUGAUGUUGAUAUCGGUCUCUAUGUUGGCAUAUCAACAUCAUUCAUUAUCAAUACAGUAAGAACACAAAAACCUCGAUUCGUCACUCUUGGGCAAAUUGAAAAAACUGAAAUUUAUGAAGAUAUUCAUCGUUUUCCUUUAGCACACGAAUAUCCUCGAGUGAAAAUUCUUCGUUUUAACGAAUCACUCUAUGCCUGUAAUGCACCGUUUUUCAAACGCAAGCUCUACGAAUUUAUCGAUAUUCAAUUUACCCAAUCACCGUUGAUCUCAUAUGGUACUGAAAAGACAAAUAUCAACCUUUCAAUCUAUAAAUUUGUUGUUCUGGAAUGUUCACCGUUUAAUUAUAUCGAUACAGUUGGAGUGAAACUUCUGAUUGAAAUUUACAAAGAUUUGAAAAAGCGAGGAAUUCAAUUGUAUUUGAGCGAAUGUCGAUCUGAAGUUCGACAUACAUUAGAUGAAAUGCAAUUCUAUGACAAAACUGAUUCUGGUUCGAUUUACGUUACGACACAUGGUGCAGUUAUGGCUGCGAAAUAUCACUUGGAUAAUGAGACAACGAACAAUGAUCAAAGAAGUCAAGUUUAA